CAUCUUGCAGAAUUUCUGAUAAAAAAGAAGUCAUCUUGCAGAAUACAGCAGUCGGAAUUACUGUAGAGAGCGAAAUGCAUACUACCUUGUCAAAAUAAAAUCCUUAAAAAUUGCAGCAAAAGCUCCGCCCAGAAGAUCAUCGAGAAUUCUUCGUUGGAAUGAAUCUCUCUUUCCUUUUGCUGUUCGUGCUAGUCCUCGUUGGCCGUGGUGUAGGCCUUAAUGAGUGUCAAGAAUCAAGAUGUGGGAAACAUGGCCCCCCCAUUCGAUUCCCAUUCCGGCUCAAGAACAGGCAACCAGAAUUUUGUGGCUUUCCUGGGUUUGAUCUAUCUUGCACUGAGACGCAAGAUACAUUGCUCGAGCUGCCAACUUCAGUGAAACUCUACAUCAAUACCAUUGAUUAUGCAUCUCAAGUGAUUUUUGCAUCAGAUCCAAACAAUUGCCUUCCAAGACAGCUCUUAAACUUCAAUUUGUCCAACUCUCCUUUCAAAUUCGGCGAAAGGUUCCAGUAUGAUUACGUCUUCUUCAAUUGUACGUCAAUAGAUAGAAAGAUAUACCUGUCUAUGCCAUGUCUGAGUGUUACUGGCUAUGAUGUCCAUGCCUUUGUUACUGAUGGAUUCGUUAGUAGCCUUGCCCUUACAUCUUGUACGAAGAUGUAUAACGUUUCAUCAGUUCCCAUGGAAUUCAUCAGCAGAGACAAUACUCUUCAUUUGAAGUGGUCCAAACCAGCAUGUGGGUUUUGUGAAGCACAAGACAAGUACUGCAGAUUGAAGAACAGUACCCGAUUUGAAACUGAAUGUUUUGACAAGCCAAAAUCAUCUAGAGGCAUUGGAAUAAAGUUAAUGGCUGCAGGUAUAGCUCUGGGUGCCUUGCUUAUUGUUCUAGUGGGGUUUGUACUCUACCACAUCUACAGCUCAGACAAAGCAGAGAAAGAAAAUCAAGCAAGGGUCAAAAAGUUUCUGCAGGAUUACAAAGCUCUCAAACCCACUAGAUACUCAUAUGCUGAUAUAAAGAGGAUUACAAAUCAAUUUAAGGACAACUUGGGGCAGGGAGCAUAUGGAACAGUGUUUAAAGGGAAGCUUUCUAAUGAGAUCUUUGUGGCUGUUAAGAUGCUCAACAAUUCAACAGGAAAUGGGGAAGAGUUCAUUAAUGAAGUAGGACUAAUGGGAAGAAUUCAUCAUGUCAAUGUGGUUCGCCUUGUUGGGUACUGUGCAGAUGGAUUUAGAAGAGCUCUAGUUUAUGAGCACCUACCAAAUGAAUCACUAGAGAAAUUCAUAUUUUCAGAUGAUGGAAAGGAGCUUCCUCUUGGGUGGGAGAAGCUUCAAGAUAUUGCUUUAGGCAUAGCCAAAGGAAUUGAGUAUCUUCACCAGGGGUGCCAUCAACGAAUACUUCAUUUUGACAUCAAGCCUCACAACAUCUUGUUGGAUGAAAGUUUCAAUCCCAAGAUUUCUGAUUUUGGUCUGGCCAAGUUAUGCUCCAAGGAUCAGAGUGCCAUUUCCAUGACUACAGCUCGGGGGACAAUAGGCUACAUUGCACCUGAAGUAUUCUCUAGGAACUUUGGCAAUGUGUCCUACAAGUCAGAUGUCUAUAGUUUUGGAAUGGUCUUACUAGACAUGGUUAGAGGGAGGAAAAAUAAAGACUUUACAGAAGCCAGCCAAGUCUACUUUCCGGAGUGGGUAUACAACCGUCUGGAUAAAGGAGAAGAGUUAAGAAUCCAGAUCAAGGAAGAGAAUGAUGAACAAAUUGCAAAAAAACUUAUAAUUGUAGGACUCUGGUGCAUCCAGUGGCACCCUGUGGGUCGUCCCUCAAUGGAAGCUGUAGUUCAAAUGCUGGAGGGGGAAGGAAACAAGUUAACAAUGCCUCCUAAUCCUUUUGCUUCUGCUGGUCCUGCAAGAAUGGAUGCCAAUGCAUUAGGGAGGCAUCUUCAGCAAGAGUUGGCUGUAAUAUUUGAAACAGAGGGGUCAUAGGUUCAUAUUUCUGUUAUGUAUAUUUUCUCAUAAUAAUUAUAUUUUUGUCAUUGAAAUUAAAAUUUAUAUAUUCAUUUAUGUACCUUCUCUUAUGAAAAUAAAUUCCGUUUUUUUCAUCAAAA